AACAAGAAUGGCUGCCAUCUUCAUAUUCAUAUGGUUGUUCGCCUCCGUUUUAUCCAUUUCAUCAGCUUCUUCUCCUUUGCUGAUCAAUGGUAGUACUGCUGAUGCUGCACCGGACUGCGGUACCGGCAACCCGAUCGACGACUGCUGGCGUUGCGACCCCGGCUGGGCCGACAACCGGCAGCGGCUCGCCGACUGCGCCGUCGGGUUCGGCCGCCGCGCCGUCGGCGGGAAGGGGGGCAGGGUGUAUGUCGUGAACGACACCGGCGACGACGCAGCCCGCCCGGCACCCGGCACGCUCCGGUACGGCCUCGUCCAGGACGAGCCCCUCUGGAUCGUGUUCGCCGGCGACAUGACCAUCAGCCCCGCCCACGAGCUGGUCGUUAGCUCGCGCAAGACCGUGGACGGCAGGGGCGCCCGCGUGGUGGUUGGCGACGGCGGCGCGUGCUUCGCGGUGAGGGGCGCGAGCGACGUCGUCAUCCACGGGCUUACCAUACGCCGGUGCAGGCCGGCACCCAAGCUGGAGGCCGGCAUGUCGGACGGCGACGGCGUCCACAACUCGAGCGACGUGUGGGUCGACCACUGCACGGUGGAGGCCUGCGCCGACGGGCUGAUCGACGUGGUCGUAGGUUCCACCCGCGUGACGCUUUCCAACAACCUCCUGCGCAACCAUGACAAGGCAAUUCUCCUCGGCCACAACGACGACUACACCGACGACAAGGCCAUGCAGGUCACCGUUGCCUUCAAUCGCUUUGGACCAGGCCUCGUCCAAAGAAUGCCAAGGUGUCGGUUUGGUCUUUUCCACGUCAUCAACAACGAUUACAUAGCAUGGCAAAAGUACGCCAUUGGGGGCAGUGCUUCACCGACCAUAAUUAGCCACGGCAACAGAUUCUAUGCUGAUAUGGCCAAAGAGGUGACGAAGCGCGAUGACGAUGUGCCGGAGAGCGUGUGGCACCACUGGAACUGGGUAUCCGACGGCGACCUGAUGCUCAACGGCGCGUUCUUCAGGGCAUCAGGCGAAGCAAGGACAGAUAAUUUGAAAGCCCCUAGCUUUGCAAGGUCUGCCCCCUCCGUGCCGUCGAUGACUUCCUCGGCAGGCGCCCUCUCCUGCAAGGAGGGCUCGCACUGCUGAGAUCAGCUACUGCUGCAUUCGAUGAUUUUUCUUUCUGGAUGUAAUAGUUGCAUAGGAUCGAACAAGAUUAAACAAGCCUAUCAGAAGAUGUGAAUGGCAGCG